AUGAUCAGCAAGGGUGGCAGUGAAGCUCUUCUGCAAACCCUGGUGGACACAGCUAGGACACCAUCUCCAGACUAUGGUAUUCUCCUUCCGCUCUUACGGCUGUUGGCCAAGGUUGGCCUAAGAGAUAAAAAGUUUGGACAGAAGGCACUGGAAUUGGAGGCACUGGAUGUGAUGCUAAUUCUGGCCAGGAAAAAUCUGUUCCACAGUCAGAACCUUCUCCAUUGUCUCUGGAUUCUGCGUGUAUUUGCUUCCAGUGUUACUACAGGAGCCAUGCUGGGGAUUAAUGGAGCCAUGGAAAUGCUUUUCAAGGUCAUCUCUCCGUAUACCCGAAAGCGGACUCGAGUGGUCAGGGCAGCGGUGGAAGUUCUGGCAGCACUGUUGAAAUCUAAGUCCAACAGCCGCAGGGCAGUGAACCGAGGCUAUGUCGCCAGCUUGCUCAGGCUGCACCAGGACUGGCACAACCAUGACACAGUCAACAAUCAUGUGCACAUCCGCCAGGCGCUGCUGCUCUGCCUCAAGCACAUCACCACCCUCCAGUCUGGCAGGGAGGCCUUCCUGGCCGCCCAGGGCAUGGAGAGUGUCUUCAGCACCACACAGAACUGCCUGGAUGACAAGAGAACGGAGCCCAUCAUCUCCCUGGGGCUUCAGAUCCUGAGGCAGUGCUAUCCCAGAAGCUCCCUUCCCUUGCCCACAGCCAGCAGUGCCUGUGUCUUUCCUGCCCCUGAGGGAUCCACAUCCGAGCUCCCACACGUUCUAACUGAAGAGGAUUUUGAAGACGAUGGUGAUGAAGAGGGAGACAAAGACUCGGAUUCUGAAGAUGUGAAAGACGAAGAUGAUGACUUGGAAACAGAUGUGAACAAGCUAAGUUCUAAACCUGCCCUUGACCGACCUGAAGCAGAGCUGGAACAAUACAAGGCCAUGUGUCGUGAGCUCUCCUAUAGCUUUGAGGAACUGGAGUCCAAACUCGAAGAUGAUUUGAACUUGGAAGAGCUUCAAUGUGCCAGUCACCACCAUAUUCCAACUGCUGCCUCUUCAAAGCAGUCUUCCUUGAAUAUGGACCCAAGUUUCAGGAGGCUUGAAAGAGAAGACAGCUUUCAGACUUGCCUUCUGAGCAUGGUGAAGAUGGGAAGGUCUGGGCAUCUAGCCUCCAAGAAAACACCUGGAAUGAAAACUUCUCAAAACGUACCAACCAACUGUCUUGGGAUAGAGUCUACUGGAAAUGAAAUGCCUAACAUUCAGGCUUCCCUCAAAGAAGAUGCUUGGAACAUAGAAGACAUUUCCUGCCCAAGGUCUGAUGCCUUUCUGGCCAACUCCACCAUGCCUAAAGACAGUGUUGAAGUAAUAGAUAAGCUUCUACAGAAACAUCCUAAGGAUAUCCCCUUCCACGAUCCCUAUGUUUAUAUGAUGAAAACUAGAAGAACCAGCUCUGUGACCGACUUCAAGAUGAUGGCAUUUCCCGAUCUCUGGGGACACACCCCACCUCUGUCUGCCCAGUCCAUGUUGGAACGCAAAUGUGGAGUUCAAAGGAUCAAGAUAUUUGAGGAUGUUCAGAGACUGAUUCAGCCAAGUGAUACCAUCAAUAAAGUUGUCUUCAGUUUAGAUGAGGAGCCUGGGUCUGUGCAAGACGUUAGUACUUCUACUUGCUUAAGGUUCUUCUCUAAGUUUGAAUCUGGAAAUCUUCGCAAAGUCAUCCAAGUGCGUCAGUUUGAGUAUGACUUGUUACUUAAUGCUGAUGUCAACAGCACCCACCAUCAGCAGUGGUUCUACUUCAACGUCAGCGGCAUGAGAGCUGGUGUCCCUUAUCGCUUGAACGUCAUCAACUGUGAGAAGCCCAACAGCCAAUUUAACUACGGGAUGCAGCCAACCAUGUAUUCAGUGAAGGAGGCUCUUCUUGGCAGACCAACCUGGAUACGAACAGGCUAUGAAAUCUGUUAUUACAAAAAUCAUUAUCGCCUGAAUGCAGCUGCGACAGGCGGAGCCUCUGGGAAGUGCUAUUACACCCUGACCUUCUCUGUCACCUUCCCACACAAUGAGGAUGUCUGCUACCUGGCCUACCACUAUCCCUACACCUACACAGCUCUCAUGACUCAUCUUGAUAUGCUGGAAAAAAGUGUCAACCCCAAACAGGUCUACUUCCGGCAGGAGACACUCUGCCAGACUUUGGGAGGGAAUGCUUGUCCACUGGUGACAAUCACAGCCAUGCCCGAGUCAAGGAGCACUGAUCAUCUAGAGCAGUUCCGGCAACGCCCAUAUCAGGUGAUGACUGCCAGAGUUCACCCAGGAGAGAGCAAUGGCAGUUGGGUUAUGAAAGGUGCUUUGGAGUUCCUGGUCAGCAAUGACCCUGUGGCUAGACUCCUGAGAGAAACCUUCAUAUUCAAGAUCAUCCCCAUGCUCAACCCAGAUGGCGUCAUCAAUGGCAAUCACAGAUGCUCACUGAGAGGGGAGGAUUUGAACAGACAGUGGCUCUUUCCCAGUGCUCAUCUCCAGCCCACAAUUUACCAUGCCAAAGGACUCCUCUACUACCUGAACAGCAUUAGUCGAAGUCCGGUGGUCUUCUGUGAUUUCCAUGGCCACUCUCAAAAGAAGAAUGUGUUUCUUUAUGGUUGCAGCAUCAAGGAGACCUUGUGGCAAACGGAGUGCCCCUUGAGCACAUGGAGCGUCCUGGAGGAUGUCAGCUACAGGACUCUUCCCAAAAUUCUUGAUAAACUGGCCCCAGCAUUCACAAUGGGCAGCUGCAGUUUCCUCGUGGAGAAAUCCCGAGCCUCCACGGCCAGGGUUGUGGUCUGGCGAGAGAUGGGUGUGUCCAGAAGCUAUACCAUGGAGAGCAGCUAUUGUGGCUGUAACCAAGGCCCCUAUCAGUGUACUCAGAGAAUAUCAGAAAGAUAAAAAUCUAUGAGGUCACAUCCAGUUGAUGGGUUCAAAGGUCUACAGUUUGGUACCAGAGAACUGGAGGAGAUGGGAGCCAUGUUCUGCUUGGGCCUUCUCAUCUUGGAACUUAAAUCUGUUAGCUGUAGUCACCAGCUCCUGAACUAUGCAGCAACUCUGCUGAAUUCAGAUGAAUAUGCUCUGGACCACCACCUCCAGAGAUGUUUAUCACAUUUGCUCAAAGAAUCGGACUUCACAACCAUGGUAGAUUAA